AUUGAUUUGAUUUGAUCUCUAGGUUAAGCGAUAUUAUUGUUUCAUGCCAUUUCCUUAGCUUAUGCUUGCCCUCGACAUGCUUGUGAAAGAAAAUUCAGAUAAUUUGAACUGCUUUUCCGAAUUAUGCAAUCACUAUUCACUACCCUGCUAUGAUAGGCAACAAGAUGGAAUGGAUCUCAUCCUUUUUGGGGCGUUAGUUGCGUGUAUAACAUGCUUCUGAAGCUAAAAGUACCUCCCAGCAAUUCCUUUGUACUGAUUUCUUCGUAAAAUUAAGAUGCUUGGUUCUUGCAAAGUAGUUGAUGCUCAUGUUAAUUUUGAGUUACCUGCUGUCCCUUUACCAUAGGGCAACUCCCACAAAGCACAAUGGAAUGUCAGCUUUGUCAGCCUCUAACUCUAAUUGAGUGAAUUACACAUAUGCUAAAGCUUAUACGAUACUUGUAACCUUCACCAAAUAGAGUUUGGGCGGAUGACAUCUAAGAUAUAUUGGAUGAGGGUUUCUUCUUUGUUCCAUAUUAUUUAUGUGUAAACUAGUCAUAGCGUUCUUUUUGUUGUCUCUACCUUUUUAUUUGAAAUAUAUAAGUGUUAUGAAAUGAUUUUAAUAUCUCAACCACUUGAAAUUAUUCACAAACUAUUAGAAAAGUAGAUACUAGAUACUUGUCAAUAAAUUGAUGGUACUUAAGCAGUUGGAAAUUGACGCUUCUUUCUGGUAUUAUUAUUUGCAUAGUUGAGAACAGGGCCUUAUCAUUCUAAGUUUACUUCCUUAACAGCAUACAAGACUACAAUAAUUUUAUGGAAUAAAAUGCAAUUGCAACUUCAUUCAUGGCCUUAGCAAAUGCAAUUACUUGGUCAACAUGUAUCCUACUGAUAGAAGGUACCGAGCCAUUACCAGUGCGUACUACCGAGGAGCUGUUGGUGCCUUACUUGUAUAUGAUGUCACACGGCAUUCUACAUUUGAGAAUGCUUCAAGGUGGUUGAAAGAGUUGAGGGAUCACACAGACCCUAACAUUGUGGUCAUGCUAAUUGGAAACAAAUCGGAUCUCCGACACCUCAUUGCCGUCCCAACAGAUGAUGGAAAAUCUUUCGCAGAGAGGGAAUCUCUCUACUUCAUGGAGACUUCUGCUUUGGAGGCAACCAAUGUUGAGAAUGCAUUCACUGAGGUUCUUACUCAGAUAUAUCGCAUAGUAAGCAAGAGAGCUGUCGAGGCCGGGGACAACAGUGAUACUUCCGCCGUUCCCUCUAAAGGACAGACAAUAAAUGUGAAAGAGGAUUCUUCGGUUUUGAAGAGAUUUGGAUGCUGCUCAAACUAAAUGGUUGUGCCAUCUUGUAAAUGCUUUCACGUGAAUCCUUAUAGGUUCUUGUAGAAUAAUGCUAGCUUUUACCUAUUGUUUUUGGAUAUUGUUGUUAACAAACCAUGCACAUGCAGCAUUUAUGUUUUGCAAAACGAUUAUUCUAAAAACGUGCUUGAAACAAACUGAUCCACCCAAGUUGGUAGAGGUCAGUUUUAUUUGCAAUAUUCAAUUCUAGUGCAGUUGUAAGUUUGAA